AUCCUGCAGGACAGCGACGACGGCAGUGGCCGCGCGAGCGCAGGUCGGGGUGGCCGUGGCGGCCUGCGCGCGGGUGUGAGCCGCGGUGACCCCGCCGGCCCGAGGAGGGCGGCCGCGGGGCGGCCUGCGGACCCGAUUUGAAGGCUGCAUUGUCCUGCCUCCAGUACCAGCAGUUUCUCUGUUCUGUGAUCAAUGUGAUUCACAGGAACUUCUUAAGUAGAAAACGAAAUGAUCCAGGGGCGUGGAAAAUAUGAUUUUUAUAUUGGUCUGGGAUUGGCUAUGAGCUCCAGCAUUUUCAUUGGAGGGAGUUUCAUUUUGAAAAAGAAAGGUCUCCUGCGACUUGCCAGAAAAGGCUCCAUGAGAGCAGGUCAAGGCGGCCAUGCGUAUCUUAAAGAAUGGUUGUGGUGGGCUGGACUGCUAUCAGUGGGAGCUGGUGAGGUGGCCAACUUCGCUGCGUAUGCGUUUGCUCCGGCCACGUUGGUGACUCCGCUGGGAGCGCUCAGUGUCCUAGUGAGUGCCAUUCUUUCUUCAUACUUUCUAAAUGAAAGACUUAAUCUUCACGGGAAAAUUGGGUGUCUGUUAAGUAUUCUAGGGUCUACAGUUAUGGUCAUUCAUGCUCCAAAGGAAGAGGAGAUAGAGACCUUAAAUGAGAUGUCUCACAAGCUGGGUGAUCCAGGUUUUGUGGUCUUUGCCACCCUUGUGGUCAUUGUGUCCUUGAUAUUAAUCUUCAUAGUGGGACCCCGCCAUGGACAGACCAACGUUCUCGUGUAUAUAACAAUCUGCUCUGUGAUCGGAGCAUUUUCGGUGUCCUGUGUCAAAGGCCUGGGCAUCGCUAUUAAAGAACUGCUUGCUGGAAAGCCCGUGCUGCAGCACCCGCUGGCCUGGGCCCUGCUGCUGAGCCUGGUGGUGUGUGUGAGCACACAGAUCAAUUACCUAAACAGGGCUCUGGACAUAUUCAACACCUCCAUUGUGACGCCCAUUUAUUACGUGUUCUUCACAACAUCGGUUUUAACUUGUUCAGCUAUUCUUUUUAAGGAGUGGCAGAAUAUGCCUGUUGACGAUGUCAUUGGUACUUUGAGCGGCUUCCUUACCAUCAUUGUGGGCAUAUUUUUAUUGCAUGCCUUUAAAGAUCUCAGUUUUAGUCUAGCAAGUCUGCCAUUGUCUUUUCGAAAAGAUGAGAAAGUAAUGAAUGGCAAUCCCUCCAAUAUGUAUGAAAUUCUUAAUAAUAACGAAGAAAGCUUAACCUGUGGAGUUGAACGCACUAGUGAAAGUAUCUCCCGAAGAAAUGGAAACCUGGCAGCUUUUUAAAAAAGAAGAAGUUAAAAAUUUAAUCUAUAGUUCUGCUAUAAAGUGAAUUUGAAUAUCUGAAAAAGCAUAGUCCUCAAGUAAGUUUCUCUAAAGACAAUCUUUUUAAAGGUUUCACUAAUCGGGACCAAGAUAAUACUUUUCAUACAUUUAAACAAUGGUAGCUCACUAAAAUGACCUCAGUAUGUGGCCGAUUUCUGUUUCUAGUAACACUGUAUUAUUUUAGAGGUAUUUUAAAUUUUGAGUCCUUUACCCAAGACUAAAUGCACUAGUGACAAUUUUAAGUCUAUAAAAAUGCUUUAUUUUUUCAUUGGUAUAAAAGUCUGAAAUGUAUAUUUGUCAUCUUCUCUGUCAAUCCUGACCAUUUUAAAUUUUUUCAAUUUAAAAAGAACAAAAUUAUCUGAAUACAAUAUGCUCUGGUUUACCUUGCCUAUAAAAUGCCUCCUGUUUGAUGAAUUAUUUUGAUUUUGAACUGUUAUUUUAAGGAAAUCUUAAGUUACUAAAUGAGGACAAACUCCAGACAAAAAAGAUUAGGAAAUUACCCCAAAGAAAUAUUUUUCCAGCUGUGACGUAAUCACCACACAUAAGAUUCCAUGCGCACAGUUGAUGGACUACUUAGGCAGCAGUUUUGUUAAACCUGGUGCAUCUUGCCUCUUUGGGAGUGGGCUCUUUUGGAGUCUGCCAGUUUUACUGUUCAGUUACUCUAAUCUUGUGAUGCCUGGAAACUUGAUUAUUUUACAGCAGCUCUUGUACUUUUCAAUAUAUUUUCAUAAUGAGUUAUAUUUGUCAUUUAGACCAUUUAACAACUCUGGGAAGUAAAAUGGCAUCAGAAGACGAGGGUUAUUUCUUGAAUUUAACUCGUUACAAUAAAAAGACAAAUUGAUAAA